GUUCAUUUGCAAGUCUCAUCCCAUCCUCCUCAACUGACCCAUUCCUCCCCCCUCAACUUUAAAAAAUAAAAAAAAUCUUCAAACCCUCAUCCACAACACACCGCCACGUGUCAUAAAACCAAACAUAAAUAAAACGCAUCACGCGAACACAUCUCCAAAUUUUUUAUUACAUCCAUUUCAUUUAAUUUAAUCCUCUCUCUCACAUCAACUCAAGCUCCCCAGCCACCUUCCCAAUUCAAUCUUCACCACUUUCACUUAUCUCCGCAUCUUUCUUCUUCAGCCUCGCUUCGAUUCGUUUUGAAAUAAAAACUUAUCGAUUAAUUAAGUGUAUGGAAAAUUUCUAACUAGAGAGAACAAAAAGAAAAAAAAAAUGAGCGUGGAAAGAUCUUUUGAGGCAUGGGAAGAAGUGCAAAGACACGGUCAGGAUUUAGCUGACCGAUUUACCCAAAGUUUUACUGAUUUGAUUCAUACACACAUAACACCACCACAAUUCGUUUGGCCAAAUCCUCCAAAAUCGAAGUUAUUCGAUCUAGAAUUUUCUACAGCGAGUUUUGGGAAGAGAGAUUUUGGAUUACCUGUUGAUGAUUAUGGAGUUUCAGCGAUUUUCGAUAUCGGAAAUCGGAUCGGUGAAGCUGGGAUGAAUUUUGGUGCUAGUUUGAAUGGAAUGGUUCAUCAUUUUUUUCAGUCGUUGCCGGUUCCGUUUAAGAAUGAGGAGGAUUCAGUUAGGGUUGGAAAUGAUGGAGGGAAGGGUAGACAGAGGAAUGGUUUAGUUGGGGUUUCUGUUAGUGAGGAUUUGGGUUUAGGGUUACUUACUGAGAGGUUGAAGAAUCAUGGAUUUUCUGAAAGUGUUAGUGAAACUGUUGAUGAAGAGAUUGGUGGGUUUAAUCUUGGUUCUGCUGGUCAUUUGGGUAGGAGACAGGGAACCAUAAAUAUUACGUCAACUUAUGAUAGCAGAACUCAAGAAGUGGAAGGUUCUAUAGCUGCAAGGGGAGGUUUUUGGAGAGUAGAGGCAUCACGUGGUGGUUCUACGUCUGGAACUGAAAAUUCAACUCUUACCCUGGUCCAGCUUGGAUCUCUCAUUUAUGUCACUGAUUCGACUCUUCUUUUGCCUGUUCAUUUGUCAAAUCAAUGUUUGCUAUUGUAUGGCUAUGAUAGAAAGAAUGGAAUGCAUUCUCUUUGUCCCGCAGUAAUGUCAAAACAUCGAAGGUGGGGGUUGACGUCCGCACUUUGCUUGAAUCCCUUAACUUGUUCAUAUGUGGAACUUCAAUUUCCAAAUGGGCAACUAACCUAUGUAUCUGGUGAGGGUCUAAGUACAAGUGCUUUCCUUCCUGUUUGGGGAGGUCUUCUUCAAGCUCAGGGUCAAUAUCCCGGUGAAAUGAGAUUUAGCUAUUCCUGCAAGAACAAUUGGGGAACGAGAAUCACACCAAUGGUACAAUGGCCUGAUAAAUCUUUUUCCGUUGGUCUUUGUCAAGCCAUGGCCUGGAAGAGAUCUGGUCUCAUUGUUAGGCCAACCGUUCAAUUCAGUGUGUGCCCUACAAUUGGUGGAAGCAAUCCAGGGUUGCGGGCAGAACUCAUUCAUUCGGUCAAAGAACAACUUAGUCUGAUUUGUGGAUGUGCUUUGACAACCUAUCCUUCUGCGUUUGCUUCAGUAUCUAUUGGUAGAUCAAAAUGGAAUGGAAAUGUUGGGAGCUCGGGUCUUGUUUUGAGAGUUGAUACUCCCCUAUGCAGCGUCGGACGUCCUUCUUUUUCCGUUCAAAUAAAUAGUGGCAUUGAGUUUUGAUGAUACCCUUCAAAUUUGUGGCACCAACUUUUUUAUAUUUUUUGCAUGAGAAGUGUACAUAGGUUUGGUUUGGUUCAUCCACAACAUUAUACUGCUAACAUCAAAAAGCUUGCAGUGUUUAUGUGAAUAGAAAAAUCUAGUCUGUUUGGUACAUAUUUUUGUCACUUUUUAUGAUUUGGCUCAAAUCAUAUCUUGGAGCUUAGUGUACUUAUUAUUGGAUUUCGUAA